CGUGGCUCUCACAUGUGUCUGAAAAACUCCAUAACCCCGAGUGGAACGAGAGCUUCCUCAUCUCUUUAGCUCAUCCCGUCAUUGAGCUUGAAUGUGUUAUGGUGAAAAAUAUUUUCCACAAAGUGAUUCAAACAAUGACAAAAUAUAUUUUUUUUUUUCCAAAUAAUUGCAAAUAAUUGAUUUUUUUAAAAUUGAAUUUCCACAAAAUAUAUUUUUUUCAGAAGCCAAAUUUUACUUACCGAACGGAGCCUUAAUAUCAUAUGUUUGAAAAUAUUUUAAAUUUUCACAACCAUAUCAAAUGCUUAAAAUUAUUAAUUCAUGAUUUUCACAACAUUUUUCGAAUGCACUUUUAACUUUUUAUUGAUGUUAAAUUAGUCCACAAUUGAUUUUGAAAAUUGAUUUAUGUGAGAGACAGGGUCAAAGUAAGGUAAGAGGGAGAAACAUAAAAAUGGAAAUGAAAUAUCAAAAUAGCUGGAAAAGAUAGGAUAUCAGGAAAAGUAAGAGAUUGGGUAAUUGGGAAAGCAAAAAUAGCAGGAGAAAAAAAAGGACGGAAAACAAAAAUAACAGGAAAAAUCGUCUCCGGAGAUUUGUGGUCGUACCUCCUUCGUUAAGGCUGAUUGGUGUAGAGAUUUGGGUUCUCUUCCGUAUAGAGAGAAUAGGAGACAAGUGAUUAGGUGAGGGUUAGGGUUUUUUGACGUGAACCGAGCAAUUAAUCAGUAAUAAAUGGGGAAUUUAUUUGUGAAGAAACCCAAGAUCACCGAAGUUGAUCGAGCAAUUCUCUCCCUUAAGACCCAGAGGCGCAAGCUUGCACAGUACCAGCGGCAGCUUGAGAAUGUUAUAGGAGCGGAAAAGCAAGCUGCUAGAGACUUGAUUCGUGAAAUGAGAAAGGAUAGAGCUUUGUUAGCUUUGAAGAAGAAGAAAGCCCAAGAAGAUUUAUUGAAACAAGUUGACGCAUGGCUUAUUAAUGUCGAGCAACAAUUGGCAGAUAUUGAACUAGCAAGCAAGCAAAAAGCAGUUUUUGAGAGUUUGAAAACAGGUAACAAUGCAAUUAAGGCAAUACAAAGUGAGAUCAACAUAGAUGAUGUCCAGAAGUUAAUGGAUGACACCGAAGAGGCUAGGGCUUAUCAAGAUGAAAUCAAUGCGAUCUUGGGGGAGAAAUUAUCAGCUAAAGAUGAAGAGGAGGUUUUGGCGGAAUUUGAGCACUUGGAAACUCAGAUGGCUGUUCAAGAUAUGCUAGAAGUGCCUACGAAAGCAGAAUUUGAAGAACAAAAUUUGGAUCUUCCUGAUGUGCCAACCAAGAAACCAGUUGCUUCUAAUGCAGCUAGAGAUGAUGCUGAAAUUGCGACAGCUGAAAUUUCCACAAAAAGAAGAGUUACGGAGGAACCACUGCCUGCUUGACAAAACGUCGUGGCUGUUUCAUGAGCCACUUGCCAUUAUUAAUGAGCAUCUCCUGGCUGCCUUAUUCACCUCUUUUCAUAUUUUUAUUUUCAUUUGUUUAUUCCCAUGAUUGCAAACGUGAUGGGGUGAGUUUGGCGGUCAAUUAUUUUCAUGUCCGUUUGUACGGAUCUGUAUAAAUACCUGUUUAAUUUACAUAUGAUGGUGAUUAUUGAAAUUGCUUACUUUCUGCCCACAUAUAUCAUUACUAUAUUAGCUUGCCGCCAGUCUUGUCACAUUAAUUUCUUGGAUGCACUGAAUGUGCUUCAUCAAUCUGGAUAAGGUUUUUUAUUCAUAAGAAAUUAUAAAUGCCAUGUUGCAAUUUUCAUUUUCUUGGUAUGAGCAUGGGAUUGGGAAGUUGACGCCAUAAUACAGGUAACUCCUUGCUGACUAGAAUUAUAUUCUACUGAUGUAAUAAUUGCUGAUAGGUUCAUCUAUUUUUGGUGCUAUUCUGCAUAGCUAUUUAUUUGCAAAAUGAAUCCUGGAAUUUAAUAAUCUAUCAAGAUCAUCUACUGGUUUGGGACAGGAAGCGAUUGGAUCAUUGUCUUCUAUAAUUGAACCGGGUUGGUUUGGUUACGUCUUUUGGAUCUUUUUUUAAUAAUUAAGGAAAUUUGAACUUGAUUUUUUGGUCAGAUGAUAAUAUACUUUAGCAUGUAUUUAUCAUUGAAUCAAAAUAGUCGAGUGGGUGCAUUAGUGAAUUUUUGGUGUUUGGAAGUGGAAAUAAGCAUGUUAGAUUGGGGAUUGUUUUAGGAUUUAGACUUUGGACCAUUUUGGCGUUUAGUUGAAGUGAAGCAAGGAUUCAAUUUUCUCAUAUUUUACUUUGUAAUUAAUCGAAUUUAAAUUCUCUUUGAAUUUGAGUUUCACUUCAUUAUUUUUUCUACAUUUGGGUUCAAAUUAUCAGUGUUUGAUGUAAUAUAUGUCUUUAAGCAGAAAAGAGAAAUCAAAUCAACGUGCUCUUUAAAUUCAAAUAUUCAAUUUUGCUGCUGUCACAUGGGAGAGGGGAUCUAUUCAAAUCUCCGUUCUUUCUCUUC